UUGGGUACCCUUACUCCCGAGUCGGUCCGCUUGCCUGACGUGCAAGGAAGCCCCAUGGAGUCCAGUUGAGGCUUGGCUCCUUCCAGUCGGCCAGGAGGAGUCCUGAGCAUGCUAAGAGCGGAGCCCCAGGCACGCCUCCUCGGGAGCAAGUCCCCCUCGAGGGGAGCGAGCCGGACUCCCUCAACAAAGAUUCUGCUGCUCUUCGAAGAAGGUUUUGGCAGGGGUCUUGAGUGGAAGAACUAUCCUCUUAUUACAGCCAUGUUAACAACAGGAUGAAGCUGGAGGCUGUUGUGGAACAGCUGCAAAAGCAGCAGCAGCAGCAACAACAACAACAACAAGCCCCUCUGCUGAUGGAUGCCAGAGAGAGACAGCAGAGGCAGAUGAGAGAAACCCAGCUGCAUUAUGCUCAACAGCUGACAGUGCAACCCCCUGCCCUCUCUGCUGCAUCUGGCAAGGCUUCGAGUAGCCCAGCUCUUGGCCCUUCAGCGCGAGUCCUGCCUGUGCUUGGGGCUGCCCGAACUUUUGAUCAGAGCAGUAUGAACUCGGAGGAGGAUGAAGAUGAAGAAGGAGAAGAAGAGGAAGAGGAAGAAGAAGAUUUGGAAGAUGGUGAUCUUGAGGAGGGAGCUCCAAGAACUGGGAAAGAUGCGUGCUCUGCUUUGAAGUAUUUUCAUGCUUCCAAAGUAACCCCUCAUAACCAAAGAGUGGCUUCUUCAUCAAAUACCCUGCCAGUUCUUGGGGUGCAGCGGGGGCAACAGGGAAAGGAUGACCAGGGUAAAGAAGCUAUGAACCCUCCAUAUUCUGGUACAUCAUCUGUGAGGCAGACCUGGAGGUUGGAUGAACAGCUCAAGCAGAAUGGCAGCCUGAACUGGAACGAAGAUGCUGAUUGCAGCAGAGGGAGAGAGAUCUCUCGAGACUUCGCUAAGUUGUAUGAAUUGGAUAGCGACCCUGAACGGAAGAAAUUCCUGGAUGAUCUCUUUGUCUUUAUGCAGAAGAGAGGAACACCAAUCAACCGUAUCCCCAUUAUGGCAAAGCAGAUCCUUGACCUCUACAUGCUGUACAAGCUGGUGACGGAGAAAGGAGGGCUGGUGGAAAUCAUCAACAAAAAAAUCUGGAGGGAGAUCACCAAAGGCCUUAACCUGCCCACUUCCAUCACCAGUGCUGCAUUUACACUUCGCACCCAGUAUAUGAAGUACCUCUAUGCCUAUGAAUGUGAGAAGAAGUCCCUAAGUUCUCCUGCUGAGCUGCAGGCAGCCAUUGACGGCAACAGGAGGGAGGGCCGGCGGCCCAGUUACAGCUCCUCCUUGUUCAGUUACUCGCCUGCUGCAACAGGACCUCCUUCUCUUCUGUGUCCUCCAAAGAUCCGCUUCCCCAUCGUUAGCCUCACCCCCAGCAGCGGAACCACAAACACUCACCUGUCUCCAGCAGGUGCUCUCAGGAAAGGUGACAGCAUCCCUUUGAGUGUGUCCACGCCAAAUCGCAUUGCCAUGCCUGUGUCCUUGGCUAAUCAACAGGCCACCAUAGCAGCAGCCAGAACGGCCACCCUGGAGCAGCUGAGGGAGAGGCUAGAAUCUGGUGAGCCGGCAGAAAAGAUUGCCCGCAUGACCGAGGAAGAGCAGCGGUUUGUCCAACAGGCUUUUCAGCGGAACCUCUUCAGCAUGGCACGGCAGCUGCCCAUGAAGAUCAAAAUCAAUGGCCGAGAGGAUAAAUCAGAUUCGGCAGCAACUGCGGCAGCAUUGAACUGGACCCCAUCUGGCUUUGGGAGCAUUAAUAUGUCAGUGGAGAUCAAUGGCACAAUCUAUGCCGGGGUCCUGUUUGCCCAGAAGCCUGUUGUCCACCUCAUUGCCGGAUCCAGCACGCAGAGCACCGGUGGCGGUAGCAGCAGCUCCUCCCACUGCUCCCCAAGCCCUACCUCCUCCAGGGGCACCCCCAGCGUCGAGCCCUCCACCAGUUGGUCCCUCUGAGCUGGAAACCCAGGAAGGGCUGGUCUGGCGUUCUCCGGCCUUCCAGCGGCGCCUCUCGGCUUGGAGUCUCACCGGUGACCUCGCCUCGAGGAACGCACUUUUGCGACCGCCCGGACGGCAGCCGAGGACGGGAGAUUCUGUGCUGGCAAGGUUCCCUUUGGGAGGAUCUUGCUGUCCAUGUAGCCUUUCUUCAGGUCUUGCUGUGUCCUCAAUGAAAAGAAGGGCGAAGGGGUGGGGGUGGGGGAGGGAAAGGGGACACAGGGCGUGUUUCAAUCAGGGAUUCUCUGGAUCGGCUGUGCAUUUCUGUAGAUGACUGAGCAUCACCACAGUAGCAAAAGGGCCGGGACACAAAACUAUUUUUUUUCUUCCCUCCAGCCAGCUAUACC